AUGGAUCCCUUCUCAACAUUCCCGCCUGAGGUAAUAGUGUCCAUCCUUGAGUUUUGUGCCGACUUUGCUAGCUUAGAUAGCUUGCUCAGAACGUCCACCCGAGCGGAUCAAGUGUUUGGCGUGUAUUACAAGACCAUCACUGAGCGGGUCAUGAAGAAUUGUCCGAUUCUCUCCCAUGGGCUACAGUACGAAUUUCGCAACAUCGUACUCCUCGAAUCAGAUGCAACAUUUACUCCCUCGAGCCUGCCAGAGCUACUAGAUGGCGCUUACACAACAUCUAUUGUGCCGCUUUCUCUCCCCACCGACAGUUCUUUUGGAGCCGUGCGAAAAGCCAUCAGUAUAGCGGCGAGUAUCUGUCACGCUGCUUCUGCUUGCAUUCAUAUUCUUUUGGAUCGUCUUAUGAUUGCAGCGCCUCGCCGUGUGGUUGGCUCAACCAGCAAUUCCGUUGAAUGGAUACAGGGAAGAUUAUCUGAGCCCCCAAGCGAACCCAUCCGGAUUACAUAUCAUCCUCCUUCCUGGGCUGAAACAUAUCGAACACAUCGCAUUCUAUGGACGCUUGCAACAUUCAGUAGCGUUUUGCACGCGGCAAACACACGAUGGGACUGGUCUCUAGAGGACAAAAUCUCUUUCACUGAGCGCUAUGUCAAAGAAUGCUGGCUGAAAUGGCGUCUCCAAGAACUCCAAACGAUCGCGGAGUGCUUGGCUGUCAUUUAUCCUAGCGAGACAAUAUCCCUCGACAACCGUUUCCCUUUUCUGGUGACCAUUCCUUCAUUAGAAAAAUCGCCCUCAACUGCUCCGGCACGUUUAAUCUUACCCACCCCUUCAAAGAAUCCAGCCGCGGAUCAAGACUGGGAACAGAUUUAUUGGCGCGCCGGAAGACAAAAUGGCGCUGUAGGCACGUAUCGCAACCAUCUCCGCUUUCAUCAGUAUGUCAUGCAUCCUCUGAAAUAUGUGGAUUUCCAGGCCUUUCGACGCCUUGGAAUCCCAAUAUGGGAUAACUGGCGACUGUAUCUAAUUGGGUUGAUCAACCGGCCAAGAGAUAUAUGUCCGGACAGUUCUGUUUUUGAUGAUCUGCCGCAGGGAUUCGAAAACUCGUCUCCGUCCAGCAAACUUUUCACAUGGUGGAGCUUAGCAACAAAGGAGGACAUUGAUGAGAAGUUCGUCCCUGAGCAUUCACCAGAUUGGUCUUUUUCUUUGUGA